AUGGCCGAAGCACACGCCCCCCUCGCGGCCGUCAAGGUCGAGGCUUUGGUGGUGAUGAAAAUCAUCAAGCACUGCUCCCAGACCUUCCCGACCACCGCGACCGGAUCUAUCGUCGGUAUGGACGUUGACGGUACCCUGGAAAUCACCAACUCUUUCCCCUUCCCUGUUGUCGAGCAGCCCACCGAGUCGCACUUUGAUAACGCCUCCCCCAACCCAGCUGCCGCUGCUCCCCGCGCCAAGGGUAACGCCGCUUACCAGGCUGAGAUGAUUCGCAUGAUUCGCGAGGUCAACAUUGACGCCAACAACGUCGGCUGGUACACCAGCGCGAACAUGGGCAACUUCGUCAACAUGAAUGUGAUCGAGAACCAAUUUUUCUACCAAAAGGAGAUGAACGAGCGGACAGUUGCUCUUGUUCACGAUGUUAGCCGCAGUGCUCAAGGAAGCCUUUCCCUGCGCGCGUUCCGUCUCUCGGAAAAGUUUAUGGAGGCGUUCAAGGAGAACAAAUUCCAGUCAGAGGAGUUGCUAAAGUCCAACAUCCGCUACCAAGAUAUCUUCGAUGAGCUCCCCGUCGAGAUUCACAACUCGCACUUAAUCACCACCUUCAUCCACCAGUUGCAAGGCCCCAACAUCUCCGGACCUACUGAACUUCCCGCCUCCCUCAGCGCCCUUGAGGCUAGCCCCUUCGCCAAAUCCUCCAUUCUCACCCCCAACCUCGAUAACCUUGCGCUUAGCAUCGAUCCUUUCCUAGAGAAGAACUGCGACCUCCUGUUGGACAGCAUUGAGACCCACAAUACCGAGGUCAACAACUACCAGUACUACCAGCGUGUCCUUGGCCGUGAGCAGCAGAAAAUCAACAACUGGAAGCAGAAGCGCACCCAGGAGAACACCACCCGUGCUGCUCUCAAGCAGCCUCUGCUCCCCGAGGACGAGUGGCAGCGUCUCUUCAAGCUCCCCGCCGAGCCCAGCCGGCUGGAAAGCAUGCUCAACACCCGCCAGGUGGAGCAGUUCUCGCGCCAGAUCGACAGCUUCGUCUCGUCAACAACUGGAAAGAUGUUUGGUGUCAAGGGUAAUCUGUUGCCUGGUGAGACUGCCAAUUAG